CCCCCUUCACUCAUUUGAUGGGAGAAAGAAGACACGGCAUGCAUUCUCAAGAAAUUUUUCAAUUUUUUGCGUGUUUUUAACUUGUGAACGUACGAAAUCUAAUCCGCCAGAAUGGGUAUCUUGGAGAAGAUUUCAGAAAUUGAAAAGGAAAUUGCAAGGACUCAAAAAAAUAAAGCUACCGAGUACCACUUGGGACUGUUAAAAGCCAAGCUUGCCAAGUACAGGUCGCAGCUCUUGGAACCUUCAAAAAAGUCUGAAAAGGGCGAAGGCUUUGAUGUACUAAAAUCAGGCGAUGCUAGGGUUGCGCUCAUUGGAUUCCCUUCGGUGGGAAAGUCUACUUUGCUGAGUACUUUGACUUCCACUGCAAGCGAGUGCGCCUCUUACGAAUUCACAACGCUCACAUGCAUUCCUGGUGUCAUCGAGUACAAGGGUGCCAACAUUCAACUGCUCGACUUGCCAGGAAUCAUCGAAGGGGCAGCUCAGGGUAAGGGCAGAGGUCGUCAGGUCAUUGCUGUGGCCCGCACUGCCGAUCUCGUGCUCAUGAUGCUGGACGCAACUAAGCAAGAUGUGCAGAGAGAUCUGCUGGAGAAAGAACUCGAGUCGGUCGGCAUUAGGCUGAACAAGAGAAAGCCUAAUAUUUACUUUAAGAUUAAGAAGGGAGGUGGCCUCUCUUUCAAUUCUACUUGCAACCUGACUAGAAUAGACGAGAAGAUGGUGCAAAUGAUUCUUCAUGAAUACAAAAUUUUCAAUGCUGAGGUCUUGUUCAGGGAAGAUUGCACAGCUGAUGAGCUCAUUGAUGUGAUUUCCGCCAAUCGCGUGUACAUGCCUUGUCUUUACGUCUACAACAAAGUCGAUCAGAUUUCCAUCGAGGAAGUGGAUCGCAUUGCUCGUCAACCACACAGUGUUGUCGUCAGUUGCAACAUGAAACUGAAUUUGGACUACCUCCUGGACACCCUCUGGGAGUAUUUGGCUCUAAUCCGAGUGUACACCAAAAAGCCUGGUGAACCCCCCGAUUUUGACGAUGGACUGAUUUUGAGAAAAGGAGUCACCGUUGAACACGUGUGCCACGGAAUUCACCGGACCCUGGCUGCUGCCUUUAAAUAUGGAUUGGUUUGGGGAACCAGCACAAAAUAUUCACCUCAGCGCGUUGGCAUCCAUCAUGUGAUGGCAGACGAGGAUGUGAUUCAAGUUGUAAAGAAAUGAUCACCAAAAUAAACAAUUACUUUCAAAUUUAA